AUGGAUUAUUAUAGCCAGUCUCCGGCACCGGCGGAAAUGAAUCAGCCGGCGUAUUACGCUCCAUGUCUAAAUCAAAACCUUAAUUCGACCUCUGAUCUUCAAACCCAUGAAUCCUCCUCAGCUAUUGCAGUUCCACCACCGUCUGGAGUUGAUGUGACGGUGAAUACGACGCCGUAUUACACGAAUGCUCAAAGCUUGGCUUGGCGAGAUGCUGUUCGUUUGUAUGGCACCGAUCCUCUUGCGAUUACAGAUGCUGCGGCAAAUGUUACAGGACAGCCUCAUGGCAUAUACCCGGAUUUCUCUUGGACCGGCCACAUAGUUCAAGCUCAACUUCCCGGAGUUGUUUCAUCGAAGAAACAAUCAAAGAAGGGAAAGGCUGUUCAAUCUGCUUACUGUCAAGUUUGUAAGGUUGACUGUAACGGUCCAAGUGUGUUCGAGCAACAUAAUUUGGGGAAGAAACACCUCAAGAACUUGGACAAGUUAAAAACAUGUUUCCCAUCUAACACGGGUUCUUCUUUGCCUGGACCACCCGUUGCAGUCCCAUUGACAGGACCACAAGAAAAGCCAUGUAAAAGCAAGGGUAGAAAGAACGGGAAGAAAGGUGCAGAAUCAACAGAAGAUCUAGAAUCAAAGAGAUGGAGAGUUGUGGAAGGUGGGGUGUCAAAUGAGUCGAUUACGUUGUGUAGAAUAUGCAACGUUGUUUGUAAUAGCGGCAAGGUUUACAUCGGUCAUUUAGCCGGUCAGAAGCAUGCCGCAAAGGCAGAGAAAGCCUCUGUAAAUGCAUAG